AUGAUAAAUAAUAAUAAUAAUAAUAAUAAUAAUAAUUAUUAUUAUAAUGAUAAUAAUGAAAUUCACACAUAUGAUGAAUCAUUUUCAAAAUUAUUUUAUAAAGUUUUUCAUAAUAAAGUUUUAUUCAAUUUAAUAUUUUAUCAUAUAUAUACAACCGAUUGGGAUGAUUCCGCAAUAUUUAGUGAUAGCAAUUAUUUAAAGUCAAGAAUUGCAUUUAAAAAUAUUAGAUCUGUAGACUGGAUCAUCAAGAAAGGUUUGUUCAUGUUAUUAAAAUGUAAAUUAGAAGCUGGUGAAUUUUUAGAAAUGAAAGUAUAUAAUUUAAAAUGGUUACAAAAUCUAUUUGUAAAAGAUAGAGAAUUGGCAAAAGAUUUAUUAAGGCUUUUAUUAAAAUCAACAUCAAUUGGUAAUAAAGAUCUUUUAUACAGUUGUGUCUACUUGGAUGAAGAGUUGCUCAAAGUUAUUUUCAGUGAUCCACUUGGCAACCAAAAUUCAAUUUUAUUUCUAAAAGAAUUUCUCGUGCAAGAUAAUAUGAAUGAAAUUUCAAAAUUCAAAUAUUUUCUAGAUUUAUUUUUUAAUAACAACGACAAUAAUAAUAGUGGUUCAAAAACUGAAAACAAUAGUUUAAAGAGAAAUAGAGAUUGCUUUGAACUCAACGAUAAUAGUGACAACAAUAAUACCACUCUUUCCUCUUCUGAUAAUUCAAUAAAAAACCAACAGGAUAAUAUGGCUAUUCAAAAUUUUGAAAUAUUACAGGAAUAUUAUUUAAAAUAUAAUAAACAAUUAGAUUUCGAUGAUGUAAAAUACUAUCGAAACAAGUUAUCAAUGUUCCGUUUAGUUACACUCGAUUCCGACCCAUAUGUAUGUGAUAGAUUUAUUCAAUUAAUUUUUAGUAAUAGAAAAUACUAUGUGUUACCACCACCACCAAUUCCAGAAUCAUCAGAAUCUCCGGUUUUUAAAUUCAUAAAAAGAAUCAAUAGACUUUUUUCACAAUCAAAAAUCAAUAUUUUACAAUUAAUCUUUGGAAUAGUAUCUAUAGAGAUUCAAAAUAAAAUAUUAGAUUUAAAUUACUAUUAUAUUCCACCUCAAUAUUCGAAAUAUAAAGAUAUAAUUGAAAAUAUUAUUUCAAAUCAUAAUAAUGAUAAUAGAGACAACAAAAGAAUUAUUGAGUUGGUAAAAUUUAUGAAAAAAAAAUGCGUCAACUAUUAUAAGGAUUUUAUGAAAAAAUAUACCAAAGAAAAAUUUUUAUAUAAUAUUGACAAUUUUAAAUUGUUUUUAUUAAAUAAUAAAAAUGACUGGAGGAACAUCAAAACUCAAUUAUCAAAUCUGCAAUUAAAAGAUCCAAGCCUAAUAGAUAUAGAGGUUUUAAGGUACUAUAGUUCGUUGGAAGAUUCUAAGGAAUAUAGAUUUAUCAAAGAAUUUAUGAAAAAAGUUUCCACAAGUUUUUUUUCAUUCAAGUUUUUAAAAGAUAAAGAAAACUUUUGUAAAUUGGCCCAAUACGUACCAAAUAAUAAAUAUGCUUCCAUAUUAUCAAAGAUCAUAGAAAAAACACUGGAGCCAAGUAUUGGAAAUGAAGAAAUAAAGUUAUUAAUCAAAGAUGAAGAAACAUUGGAUUUAAUCGCAUCCAUUAAAUCUUCUUUUUUUGGAAUGGGAUUUGAUAGCAAACACUUUAUGUUUUCACAUUUGUCACUGAUCAAUUAUGCAGAAAUAAAUAAUGUAUUUCAAAAAUUAGAAUUAAAUAAAGCAGUUCAAUAUCCACUACGUCAGGCAUUAGAAAAAUUCGAUAUAUAUAGCAUGCAUUCUAUUUUCGAAAAGAGAAUUCCUAAUUUUCUAUAUAUUCCAUACAAUGAAUCAAUAUUAAAUAACAGUUUAUCAGAUAAUGGGGUUUCCUACAUUAUUCAACAAAUUAACUAUUUUAGUGUGUCAGAGAAUCCUAUAGGUCUUUAUUACUAUUUAGAUUUUUUAAUAGCAUCAACAUCAAAAUCAGCAUCAGCAUCAACAUUAUUAAAUAGAGUAUAUUUAGGCCAUAGUGGUAAAUAUUAUGAAGACAAAUGUGAAAUUUUUGAAAUGGAACAAUUAAAAAUUUUUAAAACAUUGGUUACAGUUUUUAUUUACUCAAUUAGAAGACUUUCAAAAAAAAGAGUUGAUUUUUUAUUAAACAAACUUAAUUUUAAUCCAAUUGUUCAAGAUUAUACUUUUUUUAGUGGCUUCUUUUUGAGUGACUUUUGGAAAGAUAAUGAUUUUAUAAAAGGUAUCGAAUGUCAAAGUUAUGGGUUUGAUUUGGUAUUAAAAAUCAACCAUGGUAACUAUGUUUUUAGCACUCAAGACUAUCAUACAAGUAGCCCAGAUGAUAUUAUUGAAAUCAUAAGCCUAUUGUUGGAACAUACCAAAAAGCAAGUGCCAUCAAACGGUAGUAGUAGUCUUCCUCCAUGUCAAGUAGCUUUAACCCCCGCUGUAAAUUUUUUGUUUAAAUUUUUAAUUCAAAACAAAAGAGAUGUUCCAUUCGAAAAGAUUCAAUACACCUAUAACAUGGUUAAUGGUUCGGGAGUGGCUGAGAUUCAAAAAUCAUCAUUGUUUUCAUUUUUCUACCUUUGGAAUAGAUCUAAAAAAUUUAUCAAGUAUAUCUUUGAUUUGCCAUUUUUAAAUCACGAAAUCCCAAAUAUUUCCAUCCCAGACAACCCUGAAGAACUGUAUUAUGGAUUCAAUAUUAGAAACUUUUUAGAUCCAGAGUUUUUCACAUUCGAGUUUAUAUUUAAGAGUCCAUUCGAUGACAUAAACGACGCUCUACUGAUGAGAUUUAUGUUUCAAUUCUUUCAAGAGAUCAACAUAGAUAAUUUUUUUGACCCUAAUGCUUUAAGAAUCGUAAACAAGUUAACCAACCGUUCCUUUUGUUACCUUAUGGAUAUUUCAAGAGUAGAUUUAUUGUUGGGUUAUAUAGAAUUGCUCAAAGAAAAAUGUCCAUAUGCAUUCAAUUAUUUUCAAAUUUCAUAUAGAUUCUAUAAGGUACUUUUAGAUUAUGCCGACUGGGGUUUGAUGACAUUGUUGAUUCAAGAGUAUCCACAUCUAUUCGCCACUGUCAUGAGAAAAUAUCAAAUGGUCCUUUUCAAAUAUACCGACAAAUCUAGUAAUAAAGAAAUUCAUGUUCCCAUAUGCACUACAAAUGUCUUUGAACCUAAAAUAGUAUCCAAUAUCCAUCCAGCUCUCUUUGGUAAAUAUUCAUUUCUGCUUAAAAACUAUCCAGAUAGUUUUGAUGGUAACAAAUUAGACUUUAAAAUUUUUCCAAUCGAUUUAUUAAAACUACUCGCUCAAACAUACCCAAAUCAUCCAUUGCUCAGAUUACCAAAACCUGAAAUUAAAUAUUUACUAAAAACCGAAUGUAUUCCCACUUUAAAACAACUAUAUCAAAAUCAACUAAUCGAUCCCAGACUAACACAAUAUCUAAAAGAUUUAUUUUUAGAAUAUGAAUACUAUGAAGAUUUUAAAUGGUUAACCAUAAAUUGA